UUCUAUAUCUCUUUCUCUCUCACACACACGCACGCACUAAACGAAGGUCGGUAUAUGCAUGUCUGCAAUCUGCAAGAAGAGGUUUUUCUGGACGAGUUAUUAGGGUUUUCGUAUGAACAUUACAAUUUAAAGAAAGAAAACGGAAGAAGAAGAAGAAGAAGAAGACACUGUUGUAUUGAAAAAGGUCGAAAAUUAAGAGGGGUUUCUUCCAUUUUGGGGUUUCUUUCUUUCUUUCUUUGUUUAAGGCUGACACUUCUUUCAGAUGCAUUCAGCUUUGAUUAUAUAUCUUCCACUGUGAUGACUUACGUCGUUAGUGAAUGGCGAGGCCUGUCUUUUCUCUUCUUCAUUUCCUCGCACUAGUCACCUUCAUCUCCAGCCCUAAUUUCCUUUCUCUUCUUCCGGUUUUGGCUUCAAUCGAUGACCGACUCUCUACUACCGACUCUUAUUGGACUCUCUUUCACCAGGACUACUCUCCUCCAUCCCCUCCACCGCCGCCGCCUCACCCGCCGUCGCUCUCAUGCGAGGACGAUCUAGGCGGGGUAGGCUCCGUUGACUCCACGUGUCAGAUAGUAUCUGAUCUAGUCCUAACACACGAUGUUUAUAUUGAAGGGAAGGGCAAUUUUUACAUCCUCCCUAACGUAAGUGUUUAUUGUUCGGUAUCUGCUUGUCAAUUUACGGUUAACGUUUCUGGUAAUUUUGUUCUGGGUGAGAAUGCUUCAAUUGUGACCUCCACCUUCGAUCUUGGGGCGUACAAUGCAUCUUUUUUAAAUGGGUCUUUAGUCAAUACUACUGCUUUAGCCGGUUCUCCUCCGACUGGAAGUAGUGGCACACCGCAAGGAGUUGAUGGGGCAGGUGGAGGACAUGGUGGAAGAGGGGCAUGUUGUUUGACCGAUGAAGGGAAACUACCUGAGGAUGUUUGGGGAGGGGAUACCUAUUCCUGGUCAACACUUCAGAAGCCAUGGAGCUAUGGUAGUAAGGGUGGCACAACUAGCAAGGAGUUGGACUAUGGUGGAGGCGGUGGGGGAAGAAUCAUGUUGCUGCUACAGAAUAUUAUUCAGGUCAACGGUAGCCUUCUGGCUGAUGGUGGUGAUGGGGGUCAUCGAGGCGGAGGUGGCUCUGGUGGCAGCAUCUACAUCAAGGCUUAUAAGAUGACGGGCAGUGGAAGAAUUAGUGCUUGUGGAGGCAAUGGUUUUUCUGGGGGAGGCGGUGGAAGAGUUGCUGUUGAUAUAUUCAGUAGGCAUGAUGAUCCAGAAAUCUUUGCCCAUGGAGGGAGUAGCUUGGGCUGCCCAGAAAAUGCAGGUGCUGCUGGCACAUUUUAUGAUGCUAUUUCACGCAGUCUUACUGUUAGCAAUCAUAACAUGUCCACAGAUGCAGACACCCUUCUAAUGGAUUUCCCUAAUCAGCCUCUUAUGACUAAUGUCUAUAUUCAAAAUCAUGCUAAGGCUGCAGUUCCCCUAUUAUGGAGUCGUGUGCAGGUCCAAGGGCAAAUUAGUAUCUUGACGGGUGGAACACUGAGCUUUGGCUUGGCACAUUAUGCUUUAUCAGAGUUUGAAGUGCUUGCAGAAGAACUUCUAAUGAGCGAAUCUGUAAUUAAGGUUUAUGGGGCUCUGCGUAUGUCUGUAAAGAUGUUUCUUAUGUGGAAUUCAACAAUGCUUAUAGAUGGUGGUGGAGAUGCAGAUGUUGCAACAUCUUUGCUUGAAGCUAGCAAUCUUAUUGUUCUGAAGGAAUCUUCUCUUAUACAUUCCAAUGCAAAUUUGGGAGUUCACGGACAAGGUUUUUUGAACUUAUCUGGACCAGGAGACUUUAUUGAAGCACAACGCCUAGUGUUAUCUCUGUUCUAUAGUAUUCAUGUUGGACCUGGAUCAGUACUCCGUGGCCCUCUACAAAAUGCGUCUACUGAUGCAGUGACACCUAAACUCAAUUGUGAACAUCCGAAUUGUCCCUUUGAGCUACUUCAUCCACCUGAAGAUUGUAAUGUUAACUCUUCAUUGUCCUUUACGCUUCAGGUCUGCCGGGUUGAGGAUAUUAUUGUUGAAGGCCUUAUAGAAGGAUCGGUUGUUCAUUUCCAUAGGGCUAGAACCAUUGCUGUCCAGCCUUUUGGAGUUAUAAGCUCAUCAGGGAUGGGUUGCACAGGUGGUGUUGGUAGAGGUACAUUUCUGAACUAUAUUCCUGGUAGUGGUGGUGGGCAUGGGGGUAAAGGUGGACUUGGUUGUUACAAUAACAGCUGCGUUGAGGGGGGAAUUUCAUAUGGAAACCAGGAGUUGCCUUGUGAGCUUGGUAGUGGAAGUGGUAAUGAUAGCUUUAUUGGAUCAACUACUGGGGGUGGUGUUAUCGUGAUGGGUUCGAAGGAGCAUCCUUUGUCAAGUUUAACAGUUGAAGGUUCAGUUACAGCUGAUGGAGAGUCAUAUAGGGAGGACAAAAUGAAUGAAAAUAUGUAUGUAAUGAAUGACUGGAAGGGUGGUGCUGGUGGUGGAUCUGGAGGAUCCAUUCUUUUGUUUUUGCAGACUCUAUCUGUUGCUGAAUCCGGGAUGCUUUCCAGUAUUGGAGGCCAUGGCAGUACCUAUGGUGGUGGUGGAGGAGGUGGUGGAAGGAUACACUUCCAUUGGUCAGACAUACCCAGUGGAGAUGUAUACCAGUCAAUAGCCAGUGUAAACGGAUCAAUCAAUUCCAGGGGAGGACUAGGUGCAGAUGAAGGUGGAGCUGGAGAAAGUGGAACUGUGACUGGUAAAUCUUGUCCUAAAGGACUAUAUGGGAUUUUCUGUGAGGAGUGCCCUGCUGGAACCUAUAAGAAUGUAACUGGAUCGGACACAUCACUUUGUCUUCAAUGUCCUGCUUAUGAACUUCCUAUUCGUGCCAUUUACAUUUCAGUCCGAGGUGGUGUUGCUGAAACUCCCUGUCCUUAUAAAUGUGUCUCAGACCGAUAUCACUUGCCACUCUGUUACACAGCACUUGAAGAGUUAAUAUACACGUUUGGUGGCCCUUGGUUGUUUGGAUUUCUUCUUCUGGCACUCCUUAUCCUUUUAGCUCUGGUGCUUAGUGUUGCUCGAAUGAAAUUCAUUAGCGUUGAUGAAAUAUCAGGCCCAGCUCCUACACAGCAUGGUUCUCAAAUAGAUCAUUCUUUUCCUUUUCUGGAGUCACUAAAUGAGGUUUUAGAAACAAACCGAGUUGAAGAGUCAAGGAGUCAUGUGCAUAGGAUGUACUUUUUGGGACCUAACACUUUUAGUGAGCCUUGGCAUUUUCCUCAUAACCCUCCAGAGCAAGUGAAGGAGAUAGUAUACGAAGGAGAGUUCAAUAGGUUUGUGGACGAAAUGAAUGCUAUAGCUUCUUACCAGUGGUGGGAGGGGUCAGUGUACAGCAUCCUCUGUAUGUCAGCUUAUCCUCUUGCUUGGUCAUGGCUACAGUGGCGGAGGAAAAUUAAGCUACAGAGGCUCCGUGAAUUCGUGAGAUCAGAGUAUGAUCAUGCCUGCUUGCGAUCUUGUCGGUCUCGUGCGCUUUAUGAGGGCUUGAAGGUGGCUGCAACAUCAGACCUGAUGCUAGCUUAUGUUGAUUUCUUCCUUGGCGGAGAUGAGAAGAGAAGUGAUCUUCCUCCUCAACUUCGUCAACGAUUUCCCAUGUCCUUGCCUUUUGGAGGCAAUGGAAGUUACAUGUCUCCUUUCUCACUUCACAAUGAUAAUAUCAUUACUAGUCUCAUGAGUCAGUGUGUGCCACCCACAACAUGGUAUCGCUUUGUGGCGGGUCUGAAUGCACAACUGAGACUAGUAAGACGGGGACAUCUUAGGGUCAUGCUUCAGACUGUCAUAAAUUGGCUUGAUACUCACGCCAACCCAGCUCUUAGGGACCAUGGUGUGCUUGUUGAUCUUGCAUGGUUUCAGGCCACAUCUAGUGGUUAUUGUCAAUAUGGGCUUCUGGUGUAUGCUAUUGAAGGAGGAGAGGGGGGUGAGUUAAUGACACCUUCUGCAAGCUUGGAUGGUGCUUCCACUAUUGAGCAGGAACAACGCUCUAGCAGUUUUUCCAAAGAUUCUAUGGACCAUCUAAGAGAUGAUUUCUUGGGUUUAAAUCAGAGAAGCAGUGAAAGUCUUCUUGGGCGGAGUAAGAAAUAUGUGGGAAUUUUGGACAUUGAAAAUUUAAAAAUGGUCAAGGAGAAGAUGAAUGUGUACUAUCCUCUAUCAUACAUACUUCACAAUACUAGACCUGUUGGUCACCAGGAUCUUGUUGGACUGAUAAUCUCAAUUCUUCUUUUGGGAGAUUUUAGCCUAGUUUUGCUUACUUUACUUCAGUUAUACUCAAUCUCACUUGCAGAUGUAUUUGUUGUUCUGUUUGUUUUACCACUUGGGAUUUUGCUUCCAUUUCCUGCCGGAAUCAAUGCACUGUUCAGUCACGGACCUAGACGUUCUUCUGCUCUCGCACGCGUUUAUGCUUUGUGGAACGUUACAUCCUUGGUUAAUGUGGUUGUUGCCUUUAUAUGUGGCUACGCCCAUUAUACUGCCCAGUCUAGUAAACGCAGUCCAAGCUCUCAACCUUGGAGUUUUAGCAUGGAUGAAAGUGAAUGGUGGAUGUUUCCAGUUGGACUAGUGCUGUGUAAAUUAGUCCAAUCACGGCUGGUGAAUUGGCACAUUGGGAAUUUGGAAAUUCAAGAUCGAUCGUUGUACAGUAACGACUACGAGAUGUUUUGGCAAUCAUGACAAACUGAAAGAAAGAAAGAUACAUGUUGUUCUUUUUGCUAUGUUUUUUUUUUCCCUUUUGUAAGUCCCCAUCCCACUUAGGCAUAGAAAAAAGAAAAGAAAAGAAAAGAAAAGAAAAUGGAAGGUGAGAGAUAUAUAGAAAACAAUGAGGAGUUGAUUGAAAUGUAACCCCCCUCCCCUCCCUCUCUGAAUCACGUGCAGCUGGUUUUUGUGUUGCAAUGUGAAUAUCAUCAU